AUGGCACAAAGGUCGGCUCAGUCGCCACCUGCAGCGCUGAAGCCGACGAACGGAUGCGAAACUAGGAGGAAACAGGCACUUUCUGAAGUGAAUCAUGGCCUUGCCAGGCAGUUACUGAUGCACUCCCAGGAGAAUCUCACUGGAAGCACAGAUAAACUACAACCUCCCUUUCCAUAUAACUGGAGUACAGAUUGGAACUUUUGGAUCUCAAACUCUUCUUACAAAUACAGGAAUGAAGAAUUUAAAAGACAGUUCUCACACCUGCCAGAUUUGGAAAGGCUUGUUGUAGAUUAUGCCUGUGCCCUCCAGAAGGAUAUCCUCCUUCAAGGACGCCUGUAUAUCUCGGAAAACUGGCUGUGUUUCUACAGCAAUAUAUUCCGAUGGGAGACCAUGAUUUCUAUUGCCUUGAAGGAUAUAACCUUCAUGACAAAGGAGAAGACAGCUCGGCUCAUCCCAAACGCCAUCCAGGUUGCCACUGAAGGAGAGAAGUAUUUCUUCACUUCAUUCAGUUCCAGAGACAGAAGCUACCUCAAUCUCUUUCGAUUAUGGCAGAACGCAUUGUUGGAUAAGAAACUGACAAAGCAGGAAUUCUGGCACCUUGUGCAGGAGAGCUAUGGCUCUGAGCUGGGCAUGAACACCGAAGAAAUGGAAAAUGUUAAUUCAUCCUCUGAAGAGACUGGACGGUCUAGAUCCAGCCUUUGUAUUGAAUCUGGGGAGAAGGAUGAACAGCUGUUUGAAGCCAUUAGUAUAAUUCAAGAGCCAGUCAUUCAGAUACCUGAAACUGAGUCUCUUAAUGGAAACCAGCUAACAGAAGAUGCUGAACCAGAGGAAUCUCACCGUGCUAAGCUAGAGAGAAGGAGAUCUCUGCUGUCUUCAGAAAGGAAGCCAGUUGAUUUAACACAACGCAAACGUUCAACGCAAUUACCAGAUCUCAAUGAAAAUUUCCCUCUUGAGAAGAGCAGUGCCUCAGAAAGUGAUGGUGAAGCUGCCAUCCUAGAGAAUGACCUCCAUGGAAAAAUCUCUGUUGAUCGGGUUUUCCGUAUUGGUGCAGACAGAAUGUUUGAGAUGCUUUUCACCAAUUCCCAUUUCAUGCAGAGGUAUCUCAGCACUAGAAAUAUAACAGACACAGUAUCAACCCCUUGGAACAGAGAUGCUGGAGGGAAUCAGCUGAGGACUGUGACGUACACUCUUCUGCUUAACAACCCACUCAUUGGGAAAUUCACAGCUGUCACCGAAAAGCAGGUCCUGCAUAAACGAAGCCACAAAGGUCGAAUGUAUCGGAUAGACACAGAGGUGUUCACGCAUGAUGUGCCCUACCAUGAUUACUUCUACACGGUGUAUACUUAUUGCAUCACCCACAUGUCCAAUGAGAAGUGCAGACUCCGGAUUUCCUCAGAUGUGAAAUAUAAAAAGCAACCAUGGGCGCUUGUCAAGAGCAUAAUAGAGAAGAAUACGUGGGGUGGGAUAGAAGAAAAUUUUAAGCAACUUGAAUCGGAACUUCUCAUGGAAGAAUAUGCAGUAAACAAACCGAUCGAGGAUUCAGCAAAACUUGGUGUCCUGAGAAGGAGGAGAUGGACUUUGCAGCGAAACAUGGGGGAGAUCCUUCCUAAACGCUCCUCACAGUAUUCUGCUGGGGAUGCAGGUUUGCCUUCCCGUGCUGAUACAGGACCCAAAAAGGAUGCUAAAAAUAAGACCAUCACCAUCAUAGUGAUAAUGAGCAUCUUCUUGCUGUUACUUGUUAUGCUGAACGUGACUUUAUUCCUCAAACUUUCGAAGAUUGAAAAUGCGGCUCAGUCAUUUUAUCGUGUUCACCUUCAAGAAGAAGGAUCUGUCAAUUUAGCCCCUAAUAUAGCAUCAAGAGAGAAAACCCCUCAGCAUGAUACAGAUAAAGUCCAGCAUGUGAAAGGGGUGCUGAGAGACUCUAUAGUGUUACUUGAACAGCUGAAGAAUUCCCUUUCUAAGCUCCAAAGCAGCUUUGAUCACCGGAACAAGACCAAAAGUGGGAAGCCUGAAAGUUGAUGUAACUGAAAUAGAACAUUAAGGAGACUGAAGAUAUUGUUUU